GUAGGUGGAACACAAAGCAAAACGUAACAGGGUUAGGGACGGUACAUACUUGCUAUUGCAAUGUACUAAAAGUCAGGCUCCCCGGCGCUUGAUAGCGACAGUGAAGGUGCUUAGAUUACAGUAAAUGCCACUUCCUCCAGUUCAGAGUAAGGUGAAAGGGUCGAGACUCACAAAUUAUUUUUCCCAUGAGAUCCGUACCAGAGGACUUUAAAAUAUCCUGCUGCAGUGCAGCAAAGUUCGAGAUUGAAGGAGCUGCCACUGUUUUUUUAUCCUGCGGAUGAGCCAUGAGACCCUUUUGCAGACAGAGGACUUUCAAGUGUCCACUGUGCAUUAUGGUGCUCAUGCUUGUAUUAGGAAUCAUUUUUUUAAGUAUGGACCUCAUGGCCAAUCAGCCUGACCUGGGAACUCUGAUAUCCAGCGACUUGUUCUUCAUAGGAAAGAUUCAACAUGACUCUGUGACAGAAACUGCUUUACCUGAUUAUAAAUGUGUGCCUAAAAAUGACAGUGAGGGGAGUAUUCCUCAGCACCUGCCAGAGGCCCACCGUGAAUUUCUCAGGUUCAGGCACUGCCGCCUGUUCCGCAAGCUCCUGAGCCCUACAGACUGUGAGGGAGACCUCUUCCUCCUUCUGGCCAUCAAGUCAACUGCUGUCCAGAUUGACCGCCGAAUGGCUCUCCGGAGUACGUGGGGCAAAUAUGGACUUGUUGGCGGCAAGAGGGUGAAGCUUGUGUUCCUUAUGGGCCGCUCCAAGGACAUGGUGAAGGGCUACAUGUUACAGAGGCUUCUCGAGUAUGAGAAUGAGCAGUUUGGUGACAUUCUGCAGUGGGACUUUGCAGAUACCUUCUUCAAUCUGACGCUGAAGGAGAUCCACUUCCUCAGGUGGUUCAACGCAAAGUGUCAGACUGCCCAAUUUGUAAUGAAGGGGGAUGAUGAUGUCUUUGCCCACACUGGCAACCUGGUGGAGUUCCUCAAGGAGUACAGUCCUUCCAAACACCUCUUUGUUGGUGAUGUGAUUACACCAGCAUUUCCCAUUCGUGAUCCAAAGGACAAGUAUUAUAUCCCAGAGGAGCUAUACCGUGAGCCUGAGUACCCUCCCUAUGCAGGAGGUGGCGGUUACCUAAUGUCACGAUGGACAGUGAUCCACCUGAACCAGGCAGCCCAAAGCACAGACCUCUUUCCCAUCGACGACGUAUUUGUGGGUAUGUGCUUAUUGAAGAUGAACGUGACUUUGGUGUUCCACAACGGCUUCAAGACAUUUGGGUAUCGCCAGCACAUAACACCCUUCAAUCCUUGCAUCUACAAGAACCUCAUGGUGGUGCACAAGCUGAACACCACAGAACAGUGGACCAUGUGGUCACUGGUAAGCCACCCAGAGACGAGAUGUGACAAACCAGCUUUUAAAAUGUAACACCAGUUAAUAUGCUGUAGCUUGGAGGCCAAAAAUAUGACAAAUAUAAAAAGCACCGUUUUAUUUAUCUUUUCAUUUUAUGGAAACAUUUGUAUAAAUGCAUGCUCUGAGUGCAUUUCUAUUGAAACAUAAUUGGUUAAUUAAAACUUGUGGCUAGAGGUCUAGAGGGUUAAAUCAUUUUGCACUAAAUUUAUGUGAGUGACUAUUGAAUAUGGAUUCUGUGUUAUUGGACAUGCACAUGUACUGUUUUGUGUGCAUAAUCUAUGUGUAAAUAAAGUUUAAGUUUCAACUUAAUGGGAAAGCUGGACAGAAUAAUACUGGCUUAUCUGUUAAGCUCACUGUUAACUGAUAAGUUUGAGAAAGUAAAAAAAAAAUGUCUUAA